AUGUCGGAGGAUGUGGGGGAAAGAUUUCAAAACAUUCAUCUAUCGGCAAAAAAGAGCGGCGGGGUUGAAUUGGAGGAUGGGGAUGUGCGUAUCAGUGCUGAGGAAUGCCGAAGAAGAUUGAAGAUAGGGAGGUUAUUUCAGAAAGUCAGAAAUGUGAUAGUGGUGAAAGGGGGAGGGACAAAAGGGAGUUUCCUGCGUUUGUUGGUGUCACAUGAUGUAAAGGAGCCCUUACCUCGGUGUACUGUCAUUAAACUGGGAUCUCGUCAAUACAAUGUGAACUUCCAGUAUGAAAAAUUGGUGAGCUUAUGUUACUAUUGUGGUUUGGUGGGCCAUCUAGAGAGGGACUGUAAAACCAGGCUAGCUCAUAUUGAGAAGGGUCAGGUGCAAGAGGGUCAGUUUGGAGAUUGGAUGAAGGCUGCGGAUCUUGGCAGGGGCUUUGGUUCUCCAUCAACUUCAUAUCCAUCUCCUAGAUCAAACAGCCAGAGCAACUUCACUAAUCCAGGAGAUCCAUCAAAUUCUGAUAUUCACCAGGGACAGGAGAGGGACAGAGUGCAGGCUGCUCUUAAAGUGGCUCUAAUUCCAGUGACUAGCUCGGCUGUAGGGAGAAAGAUGAUGAAAAUCAUAGUACUUGCCUUCCAGUAA